GAUGGUUGCGGCCUUUGGUCCUGCCCUCUCCGCUGCCUCAUUGGCUGGGCGGUGUGCCAGUCAACUGCGCCCAACAUUCGGCCUAGGGUCUUGUUCCCUCCGCUUCCCCAUUCGCAUCAGGGCUGGGGCCGCGCGGAGCCGGGAUGGCCCCCGGGAGCGAUGCGGAGGGGGAGGCGGUCAGCGGGGCCCAGCUCAUCGCUGAGUCUCUCAAGGCUCAAGAUAUUAAAUACAUGUUUGGCAUUGUUGGCAUUCCAGUCACUGAAAUUGCAAUUGCAGCCCAAGCAAUUGGAAUAAAAUAUGUAGGAAUGAGAAAUGAACAAGCCGCCUGUUACGCUGCAUCUGCUGUUGGAUAUUUGACUGGCAGACCAGGAGUAUGUCUUGUAGUGUCCGGCCCAGGUUUUUUGCAUGCCCUUGGUGGGAUGGCAAAUGCAACUGUGAACUGCUGGCCUUUGAUUGUUAUUGGAGGCUCUUCUGACAGAAAUCAGGAAACCAUGGGAGCUUUCCAAGAAUUCCCACAGGUUGAAGCUGGUAGGCUGUACAACAAACUGUCUGUCCGCCCAAGCAGCCUAGAAGUUAUUCCUGCUGUUAUUGAAAAGGCUGUAAGAACCAGCAUAUAUGGUCGUCCGGGUUCCUGCUACAUUGACAUACCUGGAGAUUUUGUGAAUCUUCAGGUGAAUAAGAGCUCUGUCAAGUACGUGGAAUGCUGCCCACCACCUCCCAUUAGCAUGGCUGAACGCUCUGCUGUAUCAGAAGCAGCGUUUAUCAUUGCUCGUUCCAAGCAGCCUCUGCUAAUCAUUGGCAAAGGUGCUGCUUAUUCCCAUGCUGAAAACAACAUCAGAAAGUUGGUGGACCUUUGUGGACUGCCUUUCUUGCCUACACCAAUGGCAAAAGGAGUAGUUCCUGAUAACCAUCUGAACUGUGUAGCUGCAGCAAGAUCAAUGGCAUUGCAGCAUGCUGAUGUAAUCGUCUUGCUUGGUGCAAGGUUGAAUUGGAUUUUGCAUUUUGGUCUUCCACCAAGGUUUCGACAAGAUGUAAAGUUUAUUCAGGUUGAUAUUUGUGCAGAAGAGCUGGGGAAUAAUGUGAGGCCAGCUGCAACUUUAUUAGGUGACAUAAACGCUGUGACUAAGCAGCUCUUAGAAGAGUUCAAUGAAAGACCAUUUAAAUAUCCCUCUGAUUCAGAGUGGUGGAAGAGGCUGAGAGAGAAAAUAAAGAACAACGAGGAAAGAUCAAAGGAAUUAGCAUUACAGAAAUCCCUGCCUAUGAACUAUUACACAGCCUUUCAUCACAUCAGAGAACUGAUACCCAAGGACUGCAUCUUAGUAAAUGAGGGAGCAAACACCAUGGAUAUUGGCCGAACUAUGCUUCCAAAUUAUUAUCCCCGUCAAAGGCUUGAUGCCGGAACUUUUGGAACGAUGGGAGUCGGACUGGGUUUUGCUAUAGCAGCUGCAAUGGUAGCUAAAGACCAAACACCUGAAAAGCGAGUUGUCUGCAUAGAGGGGGAUAGUGCUUUUGGAUUUUCUGGGAUGGAGGUGGAGACUAUUUGCAGGUACAACUUGCCAAUCCUGAUUAUCAUAGUAAACAACAAUGGGAUCUACUCUGGUUUGGAUGCAGAUGCCUGGAAGGAGGUGUUAAAGUCAGGAGAUGCUGCUACAUGUGUGCCUCCUGUUUCUCUCCUGCCAAAUUCACACUAUGAGAAAAUGAUGUCUAGCUUUGGAGGUAAAGGAUACUUUGUUAAAACACCAGAAGAACUGCAGAAUGCUCUGAAAGCAAGUGUCACUGACAAGCAGACACCUUCUCUUAUAAAUGUAAUGAUUGAUCCCCAUUCUGAGAGAAAGAAACAGGAAUUUCCCUGGCUGACUCGUUCUAGCCUGUAAUAGAAGAUGAAGAUAAUGGUGGUGCAAGGCAGUGUGUUAACCCAAACUAGUUUGGUGUCUAGAAGUAGAACUGGCACAACGCUCUUUCACAUAAGCAUUGGAACAAAGUGCAAUUUUAGAACUGCUAUUAGAGGAAUCUUUAAAUGCUGAAAUUAAGUAAUUGUAAAAUGAGUAAGACAUAUAUGAAUGUAUACCAGGCCUUCUAGCAGAUUGUACAGAGACACUGAUGUUGAAAUUACAUAUACAUACUUUUAUUCAGUGUCAUACCAAUCAAGAUUUGUGAGUUAGAAUCUCAGACGUUCUGGAUGAAGGGAGUAAGCUGAGGGUUUUAUACUGACAGAAACAUAGAAGUCUUUGGCAGUCUGCUAUUAUAAUAGCUUCAUUUUUAACUGACCACCAGCAUGAACUUGUGAGACGCUCUGUCCUGGAAGGACCAAAACAAAGCGUCUUGUUGUGGAAAAACUGCUGAUUGGCCUCAUUAUGCAGUGAAGCCCAUUGGAUUGAUAAUCACUUCAUAAUUUUACAGGUUGCUUUUUCAGCUUCUAGUGCGGGAGAAGUAGUGUGUUAAAACUUGAGACUCAAGGGCUGAGUUUUCUGUCUAUUGCAUUUGUUUUUAUUAACUGGGACUUAUGAUGCUUGCAGGGAGAAAAAAAUCUUACAUUUUUGUUUGAAGCUUUGCUCGUUGCAAAAUCAGUGUCAUCCCUGAAAACAGGACUGGAUUUAUUAGUGAGAAUUAUGGGAUUAAGAGAUCAUAAAUCUUUCUAAUCAGAAGCAUUAAAAAAAAAAAAAAAGAAAAUAAAAAGACCAAAAUCAAAAUGCUCACCAAAAUAUUCAGUUUGGCUGGCAUCACAAAGCAACCACCAGCAUUCAUACUGUGGCUGGCUAAUUGUGCAAAGGUUCUUCAUAAGAUUUACUUACUGUAUAGAAAUUCAGUGCCCAGCUCACACUGGCUGUGAUGCAGAGCUAACAUUUAAAGUAAGUAAUUGGCCUCCCUGAGGUUCUGUCAUCUGUAUUUUCGUCUGUUCUUGCAUCUGACAAUCUGACUUAGAGCUCAGACUUUAAAAAUGAAGUAGUUCUUUCUCUCUGCUUCUGUCCUGGCCAACAGCAACUACUAUUCAGUGUACCACUAACCAGGUUACUUUAUAUUUACGUAUGUUCUGAAAUGCACUGGGAGUUUCUUUGUGACGUAUGUACAAGGGAAGAUCCUGACACUGAUUUGGGUUUUGAUUGCUUUAUAGUCUAUUAUUCCAUUGACACAAAGUGUUAACGAGUGGAAGGCAGUGGGAUGACCCCAGGAAGAGGAGGACUGGGCUGGCCUCCAGUUAAGUUUGUUGCAAAAAAACUCAGCUUAUUCUUGCACUUCAGUCCGGGCCUGGCACAGGCCAUGGUUUACUGUUAGGCAGAGGAAUGUCUGUGCACACUCGUGCGGAAAAAUAGUAUCUGACAUGAGCAAGAGUACUGCAGCCUGACUGGAGAUAACACCGUUUGUUGUGCGUGUGGGAACAGCCACGUGGCCCUGCAGUCAAGCAAAGUAAUAUCCUUAGGAGGGCUAGGAAGUGCAAAAAGAUAAAACCCAUAGAGUGGAUACAGCUCAUGAAGGCUGCCGAGACGGUAGAGUUGCUGUGUUCUCUGGGAUACUCUUCAAGGAACGUGGAACAGCGUUGGAUCUUGUCGCUAAUUUUGUUUCGUUCUUUUUAACUCUCAAAAAUUGAGUUUAAUAUGUUGUGGUGAUUGAACACAAUCCAUUAUGAUGGUGUAAAAUAUCAGUAAGAGUUCAUGCUGCAACUGACCGUUUGCACUGAUCAUGUGGACUGGAUAAGCUAAUGCAUAAAAUUCUUGGAUUAUAUCUGAAAAUUAAUAAAGAGUGAUUUU